UAUACACUUGUCUUAUACAUUUUACGCACCACAUCCGAUAUCUAGACGCUAGACAUCGAUGCAAUGGCAGAGCCACUUCAAAACAUCCAAUCUGCGACGGACAUAUCUCCUCCAUGGGGAGCUUUCCCCGCGGAACAGUAUCUCAUUCGUCAUUGGGAUUUCUCAUCAGCGCUGUCCGCAGCUGACCAACGGCGUGAUCUGGUCCGAGCCUAUCUCCAGCUCGAUUCAAUUCCUAGAGACUGGGACGCAACAGGUCGGGUCUAUCUAGCCACUACAAUCACGCGUGUGCCCACAGAACAUGAGAUACGCGAAAUUCUUGCACCUUGGCGACCUCUUCGCUGGCGCGAGGCCGCCUUACAUCUAUGGAAGGAUCGUAAUGAUGAAGAGAUCUGGUUACGCACGUACUAUGGCCAGGGCUCGGAUGAAAAGUUUCACGAAUUUCGCGAGACCGAUGAGGAUUAUGACCCCGCCUUUGAGGAGGAUUGUCGUACGUGGACAAUUCUCGAUGAUCAAGCCUUGUUCGAGGGUGAUUGGUCUACUGUAUUUGACGUACUACCCGAGUUAGUAGGUCCAACACCAAACUAUGAUCCAUAUGCCCACCGCCAUCUGGGAAAUCCUGAUGAGCUCGAAACAUUGCGCCAAAAGUUACACGAGUCAGUGGCCUCGGCUCUCCGACUAAAAGGCGAGGGUAACACAGUCGAGCAGCUGAAGAUUGAUGAUAUCGAAGCUGGUGCCGCAGGCAUGGCGCUACAGGCAAAUGUCGUCGCAAGCUUCCUCUUCGUUGCUGAUGCUGAGACUUUCGAGACAGAGAAGCUGCGGCUCUUAUAUCUUGAUGCGCGAGGUAAUAUUGUGCGCGAGACACGGGUACCGUGCACAGAAACGUGGGAGACGCGGGACGAGUGGAACGCGAAGAAGUUUCGGAACAGUCCGUUCUGGAAUGACCGGGAUAGGAGUGAAUGGGGUGUGCCAAACGACCCUGGAAGCGUUCUGGGUGAGAAAUACAAGUUCUCAGGAGAGAUUGGGCAUGAACUUUACAAACUGGAUUAAGUCCAAUUCCUUGAAGUCUUGUCUGUCGUAAAUAAGAAGCAGACAUAACACAUUUACAAUUGAUUAGACACAAUACAGAUUUGCCAGAGUCUGUGCGCUUGCUCGCAUUGUCCUUUCAGAUGCCAGAAAACCAUAGUAUUUCGUAUGCCA